AUGGAAGUUGACCUGCUAAACCCCGAUCCCAAAGAGGAGGCUAAGCUUCACAAGCUUAAACGGCUGGUUCAAAAUCCAAAUUCGUUUUUUAUGGAUGUAAGAUGCCCUGGAUGUUUAACGAUCACAACGGUAUUCAGCCAUGCACAGACUGUCGUUCUGUGUGGAAGUUGCCAUGUAGUACUCUCCCAGCCUACUGGUGGAAGAUGCAGGUUGACCAAGGGCUGUUCCUUCCGUAGGAAAGUGGAGUAG